AUGGACAAGAAAAUGUACGUGGAGGCAAAGAUCAAGGCUCCUGGGGCCCAGCCAAGUCCUGGCAUGAGCGCCACCAGCAAGAGGCCUGGUGCUGAGCCCACCAUAUCAGGAGUCAACCAGGUUGCAUUCCCAGAUGCUGCAGGGAUGGACGGUGGGAAGCAGCCCUUUUCAGCCUCAGGAGGGCCAGAAAAGGGACCGAGACACAGGGAAUCCUCAGAGGAGGGUUCUCUGGAGCUCAGGACCCGGGAGCAGACGUAUCCGGCAGGACCAAGGAAGAAGCAGUCAACUCCGGCCCCCCAGGAAGGGCCCAAGGAGCUGCAAGCAAGCCGGGGUCAAGCCAAGCCAGGAAGUGAUCUGGGGGUGCUGCCUUCCAGGGUCCCUGCAGCACAGGAAGGGAAGGAGACCGAGGACCAGCGGGGGAGACAGCAGAACCCAGGGACGGUGAAGGGUCAGGCCCUCCAGAGCCACCAGGGUCAGGAGUGUCAGCCCAUCCCAGGUCACCAGGCAGCUCAUGUGGCAGACAUAUUGCAGCCAGUGGACACUUCUUGCACCUUGGACAGCUGUGGGCAGCCACGGGGAGACAAGCUCCCCAAGGAGUUGGACACCCCCCACAUCAGGCCACAGGAGGACAUUUCCCAGGAGGCAGUGCCCCUGAUACCCUUGGCAACUCCAGAGGAAAAGACGGCCAACUCCUUCCCACCAUCCACGCCAGGACCUGACCCACCCAAAGGAAGGGUCAAGGCUAUGGAGACCCAACCAGCACCAGGGCCUGUUCCUGCACUGGAGGUGAGGGGCACUGGAGAGAGGAGGGAUCUGGACCCUGUGCAGAAGCAGCCUCGGGAGCCCACGGUGGCUGUGGGGGCCCAGAACCUUGGGAGCUUUCGGCAGGGCUUCAUGAAGUGCUUGCUGGAGGUGGAGGAGGAGGAGGUCACACAUCGGAGGGCUGCCAAGGCCCGGGCCCUGCCAAACCGGAAGUCCCCCAGGACCCUGACCCCCGUGCCCUCCUCAGCCCCAAGCCUGCCUCUGACCCUGCCUCAGACCCCUGCCUCGGCCCCUGCGAUGGCCCCAUCCUGGGCCCGGUCACCAGCCCCCGGGCCAGUCCCUGUCCCUGCCCCUGUGGGAUCCCCGGUCCCGGCCUCAGGGCUCGUCACAGCCCUGCCGGCCCCCACCCUGGACGUGGGCUGGAGAAGGGCAGAACUCUUGCACCCGAGUGGAGAGAGGAGCCUGAGCAGCACCAAGACACGGCAGGAGCUGGAGGAGCGCGGCCUCCUCAAGCUGUACCAGAGCUGGGAUGAAAGGUUCGAGGAGCAUCUCACCCUGAGGCAAGAGGAAGCCUUCCGCAGUUACUUUGAGAUCUUCAAUGGCCAUGGCGAGGUGAACGCACAGAGCCUCGGCAACAUCCUGCUGCUUGUGGGCAUCUCCCUCACGCCGGCUCAGGUACAGGAGGCCCUGAGGAGCGCCGACAUCGAUGGAGAUGGUCAUGUAGGCUUCAAGGACUUCUUGGCUGUGAUGACAGACACCAGGCGCUUCUUCUGCUCUGUGGAGCAGAAUGCCCUGACGGACAUGGCUCCCCCAAACCCCCACACUCUGCUCUUUGAGAUCCUGUCCCUGCUGGUGGAGAUGCUGGCCUUACCGGAGGCGGCCUUAGAAGAGAUCACCAACUAUUACCAGAAGAAGCUGAAGGAGGGCACCUGUAAGGCCCGAGAGAUGGAGACAGCCAUAGGCCGGCUGCGGUCCCGGAAGAAGCUUCCCUACAAUCCCCAGCAGGCAGACUUGGAAGUCCCAGAACGAAGGGUUCUCAGGAUCCUGAGCCGGCUGAAGCAGCAGAACUAUGCUGCCAACCUGCAGAGCCCCUACGCGCAGGUGCCCUGCAUCCCGCUCUGUCCGCGGCUGGACAAGAUGGUCCGUCGGAAGCAGGGCAGCCACUACGUGCUGGACCCGUGCACUCCUGCCAGCCUGGGCCCUGACAUCCGGAGCCUCCUCUUCCAGUCAGGAUCCCAAGGAAGCAGGUGGGUACCCCAAAAGCAAGAGCUCCAGUCCAGGCCCAUCCACCGCCUUUUUUUUUUUUUUAAUGGGGCCCUGGCCUAA